UUACUAACUUCGCCUAUCGCAAUAUCGAUUGCAUUAUAACUGCUGUCAUCACUAUUGCAAUCAUUUGACAUUUUAUUAUGCGUGUGUGUACCUUUUGUCAAUUGGAAAUUUCGUAUGAACGCGUAAAGUUGUUGCGGGAAAUAUUUAAUUUUUCGUGUCGAAAUUGCGCGCAAAUAAAACCAAAAUAAAUGCAUUGGUUGGUGGAAAGUUUGAAAUUAAAAUAUGAAUCGAAAGGGAGUGCGAGAACAAAAUGAUAUAUCGAUAAUACGGAAUCUACCAAAACGACUUCAAAAGAGGAUUGUUGAAGAUAUUGGCGAUGACUCGUUGAUAACGCAUAUUAACGUUGAUAGUCAAAUUGCGCGAAGCCGAUCUUCGACGUCAUCUGGAGGCGUUGUUACGGUGGCGAGAAAACAUGAUAAUGAUAUGUUGCCUGGAAAAUUGCUGCAUAAACCGGAAACAUCAGGAGGCGUAUUUCAAGAAGUGAACGGAGAAGAGGAUGACAAGCGCAUUGAUUUUUUCUUGCGAAAAGCUCCGUCUACUGUCAAUAAGCUAAGCAAAAACAACCACAAAAGAGAGACUGUGCCCGUUUUGGAAACCAGCGGGCAAACAAUCGAUAAUAAAACAAGUUCAACGAAAUGUGACAGGAGUGGCAGUCGAAGUUGUAGUAAUGCAGCUAUACCAGGAAUUUUGCGUUUAAAUGAUGUCAAGCAAGUGCAAUCAGUAGGCAGAGAUAAAAAUAAUUUUAUUGGCGAAAAAAACUUUGCUCGUGAAAACGGGAAGAAAGGCACGGCGCAUAUACACCAACUAACGGAACAGUCAGUGAAUGCAGAUAAAGUCGUUACUAAAUCGCCAUCACGGCAGUUGCAACGACAUCCAAGGUCACCUGCUUGGUUUGAGAUUCUUGCUGAUGCACAGUACGCCGAACUGCUACCCAAAGCUUACGAAAAAGUUACAACGAUGAUCCAGCAAAAUACAGUAAUCGAGAAAUGGUCCGAGUUUACUGAAGCGCGUGCUGAACUUCAAAAGAUAUUCGCCAAAUUACUGCUACAACAGUUAAAAUUGUGCUGUGAACAGAAGAUUGACUCAUUUUUCUGGAAGCUGCUUUACUAUAACGUUCGAGAAUAUUUAGUAACCAAUAGCAAAUCUAAUGCUGAUGAUAAUCACCAUCGCUUGCUAUCGCUCGUCGAAGAAGGCUUAGAUUUCUAUACAAACCUACAUAUGCAACUUAAUGUCAAAUACAUAAAUAUCGAUCAACAAAAUGCCAACAAUAUCGCUCAAGAAAAUGUAUCAUCACAACGCACAGCGCACAAGUUUGAAUUUAUAGCUAAAGUAGCCGCCCAAAAGUUACUUAUUUGCCUAGGUGAUCUAUGCCGUUACAAAGCAAAAGAAGUACAAUCAAAUGACUAUACGGACGCGGCGAAAUAUUAUCGGCAGGCCCAAGCGCUUAUACCCACAAAUGGCAUACCCUAUAACCAAUUGGCUAUAGUAGCCAUACAUGAGCGCAAGAAAUUCGACGCUAUAUACUUUCAUAUGCGUAGUUUAAUGUCCUCCAAUGCCAUAUAUUCAGCACGUGAAAGCCUCUUAGUGUUGUUUGAUGAGAUUCGCAAGAAGUACGAGGAGACUGAAUUAAAAACAUCACCGAUACAUCAAGGCAGCCCAAGGCACAACCACAUUAGAACUUCCAAAUCAAUACGUAAAGAAGUGUGGAUACAGGUGGAUGGUGUGCGCCGCUUGCAUCGUGCUUCUGAACCUGACGAUUGCGGAAGUAAAUAUGCCGUAAUAGCUGAAGAAAAGCGCUUGAACGAGUUGACAAGCGAAGAGCUCCUUCGCCGCUUCACAUCGCUGUAUUUGUAUGUGCUUGGAAAACUCUACACUGGCAUAGGGAUGGAAACGAUAAUCGAGCAUCAAAGGAAACUUUUAGUGCAGUUGAGUGUUUUGCUCAAGCACAGCACAUUUCCGAUUAAACGCUCUCGUCUGCUGAGGAUAGUCGCUUUAAAUAUUUUUAUGCUCGAGCACAACAUGCACAAAGAAUCACGUCGCGAAAUCCGCUAUUACGCCUUUCAUUUUUGUAAUCAAAUUUUCGGUUUGCUGCUGCGCAAAUGUAACGAAUUUUUCGAAACAUAUAACGUUGAUGUAUUGGAUCCCGAGAGAACUUGCCAUGCCGACCUGAGUACUUUACUACAGUACAUUAAUAUUUAUACCAACUGGUUGGCGCGCAAUGUGGAUAUUUGGGAAUCAGUGCGCAAUGAAGAGCAUGCCAUCAUUGAUAGCUGGUCGGAGUGGGAAUGUAUCUUCCCACGGCUCAGGCGGCUAUGUGAUGCGUCACCAGCAAAUAUUUCGCAACACAAACAACUUGAGGAAGAGUUGUACUUACUUGGUUUUACACCAUUAAUGUCUGCCACAAGCAUAAGCACUAAUAAACAAACUCACACGGAACUUGCUACUGAGAGGGAACAAUUUUUGGCAAGAAUUGUAAAAAUAUGUGCUUUUCAAGAAUGUUAUGAAAAGCACCAAGCAAGUCUGCGUGUACAUGACGAUGUGUUUACAUUGGAAGAGCUGAACGGUGCCAUGGAGAAAGCGCUAUACACUCUGCUCAGUGACGAAGACGAUAACAGCGAAAAUAUGUUGACGAACGGAACCAAUUCAGAACUAACCGGCAAGGAAACGAACUCAGUAAAAUCUGCUGCUAUUGAGGAUGCACAAAUUUCACUGCUUUCGCAGAGAAAGAAAGAGCUGGAAGCCAGAACGAAUGUGAAGAAAAUGUAUAACGCAAAACUGGAGGAAAUUCUCAAAUUCGUUGACACAAAGCUGUAUAUAGAAGUGCGCCCCAAAUAUCUGAUGCCGGACACAAAUUGCUUUAUUGAUUGCCUCGACGAUUUCGAGAAGCUCAUUCAGGAGUAUAAGCGCUACAUACUGGUAAUACCUCUAACUGUGGUAAAAGAAUUAGAUGGUCUCUCGAAAGGCGUGAAAGUGGAAUCAUAUCAAAACUCCUUACAAAUGAAUCGCAUUCAUCACUACGACGACGUUUCCACUUGCGCGAAACGUUCUUUGGAUUUCAUACGGAGCGCAAAAAAUAACGUGAAGUGUGCUACCACAAAAGGCUCAUUCAUCAGUUCGUCGUUAUUUGCGUUAGCAGAAGAGGAGAAUGUGUCGAAUGAUGAUAAGAUUUUGGCGACGGCUGUUGCGCUUUCGAAAACCAUGAGCACCGAAACCAAUAAAGAUGGUAAAUGUUUUAUACAAACCGAAUUGGUACUCAUCACAACAGAUCGCAAUUUGCGUGUGAAAGCUUUGGCGCGCAACUUGACUGUGAGUAAAAUGGGCGAAUUUCUGCAGUGGGUCAAGGACUGUAAUACUUAAUUUUAUGCAAACUCUUUAUACUUUAUUUACAUUUAUAUGCCCGGCAAUCACGCUUAUGCAAGUGCCAUUAUUUGUGUAUACCGUUAUUGUUAAAAUAAAUGCAGCCGCAUAUGAUAAAUUUGGUACUCAUAUUUAGUGUUGCUUUUUUCCGUUUAAAUAUGCAUCUAUGCAUACUCGUAUAUGUACGUAUAUGCCUUUGUCUACAUACUGUAAUUAUUAAUAUGCCUACUGAUUAUACUUAAAUAUAAUGUUUUUUUGUACAAUUCGUUGCUGUUAUUUACUUAAUGGCACUUGGACUUUUAUUCGUAUUUGUAGUGAACUCAUGCAUUCUUUUUUUUUAUCUAAUAAUUUUCUUAGUUGUAUAGUUUGAUAAGCGGUUACUAUGACUUUUGAUUGUCGAAAUAUUUUGUGCAAGAUUUCUAUGUUAAU